AUGUCUGCUGCGACACCGUCGGUCGUUCCGAGCAUCAGCCCAGUGAGGCUGCACACUAUCAUUGCCGGACUGUGGUUUUGCCUCUUCAUCUCAGCUUUAGACAAGACGAUCGUCACAACUGCGCUGAUCAAGAUAUCGAGCGGCUUCAAUGCGCUGGAGCAAGCAGCAUGGCUGGUCACCACCUAUCUCCUCAUAUACAACAGCUUCCUGAUUAUCACGGCGAAAUUCAGCGAUGUAUGA